AUGGCUAGUGAGGAGAGUUUUAUAGUCUUGGUUCGCCACAGAGGAUCGAUUAAAAGGAAAACACGAUCCGGUGUGAAGUUCACUGAUAAGGAUCCUCUCUGUAUUUUCGUGCGGCCUACGACGAGCUAUGAUGACCUUGUUAGUUCUGUUCUACAGAAACAUGGUCUCGAAGGUGUGAAACGGGUUAAGAAGUUCUUCUAUCGCAUUCCAAUCUCGGUUCUCCAAGAAAUCGAGAAAUGUGAUUGUUUCACGAUCGGUAGUGAUGAGGACUUGCAGGUCCUGUUUCAUUGUCGCCGGCAGUUUUCCAAAGUGAGGACACCAGAACUGUUGGCAAAGUUGGUUGAUCUGUGUGUUGCACCGGCUGGUCUCGGAGAUGCAUUGUUGGAUGAUCGAGACGACAACGACGUGGAGCCGGAUAUGAUUGCUGAUACAGUGGUUAUGAUAUUGGACCGAGAGGGGGAUCCUGGGGAGCCUGCUAAUUUUGGCGCCAGAGAUGUGGAAGGGUCUGCAGGUCUAACAGAGUUUCAGGUUGGUCAGCAAUUUCAGGACAAGGAUGAGGCUGUGUUAAUUAUGAAGACUUACAGUAUCCGACGCGGUGUACAGUACAAGGUGGUGGAGUCUGACUAUCAUCAGUAUUUUGGGAAGUGUACUGAGUUUGGAAAUGGGUGCACAUGGUUGAUUUAA